AUGACGAUAGGACACAGUGAUCUGGGGAACAGAGAAGCACACUACAGGCGCUUGUGUGAGACUGCAGAAGUAGAAAUGCCUACUCUGAUGGAUUACUAUGAAGUUCUAGAAUUGCAGAGAUAUACUUCACCUGUGGACAUUAAAAAGGCUUAUUGAAAAGUGGCACUUAAAUGGCACCCUGAUAAAAAUCCAGAAAAUAAAGAAGAAGCCGAGAGAAUAUUCAAAGAAGUAGCUGAGGCAUAUGAGGUAUUAUCAAAUGAUGAAAAACGGGACCUUUUAAAUAACCCAAGAAGCUCCUAUGGAAGCAGAAACAGAGGUGAGAUCUUUUUCUCUACAUCCAGUGAAUAUCCACCUUUCGAGAGAUUUUCUUCAUAUGAUACAGAAUAUAUACCAUGUGGUUCACUGGGCCAUGAGGGCCUUAGUUCAUUCUCUUCCCUGACAUUUGACGACAGUGGGAUGGGCAACUACAUAUCUGUUACAACUUCAGGUAAAAUUGUUAAUGGCAGAAAUACCAAUACAAAGAGAAUUAUUGAGAAUGAUCAAGAAAGAGACAAAGACAAUGGUGAGUUGAAGUCCUUUCUUUUAAAUGGUAUGGCAAAUGAAGAGAGCUUUGCUGAAGAAUGCAGUUGGAGAAGACGGUCAUUCAACAAUUAUCCACCGAAGUCCUGCAGCCCCAAACAUGUAUCUCAAUAUAUUUGCAACUGGAAUCCCUCUAUUUUCUCAGCAGGAUUCAAAGAAGGUGGUAAGAGGAAAAAAAAGAAGCAUAAAGAGGUACAGAAGAAGUCAACUAAAAGGAAUCAUUAA